UACGGAGGUGCGUCUCAAAAGUCCUGGUCCACAGGGGUCCCCUGCUGUAUUAGCGUGCCAGCCGUGUCAGCUGGCAUGUGUUUUUGCUGUAGAGUCCAACUCAAAUAAGAUAACCAGUGAAUGCCCCUGUACGACGCGUCAGCUCGUUGUUUCGACGCGAUUUGAGGCUUCAAAAAGCAGCAGUAAUUGACAUUCUGGAGCAAUAAUGGAGGAGACGGAUAGCAGAGGCACUAUGGUAGGCCGGAAGUAUUACGAUCUGGCGAUCCGCGCGGUCUGCGUUUACCUCAAAGCCGACGGCAAGAGCUCUUCUGCGACUUCUGCGAUCACUGGCAUCCCGACGAAAACCGUGACAAACCUUUACCGCCGUGCCUGCGACCGCGGCUUCGAUCUGACGGCGAGGCCGCUGCUGAUGAAGGAUGAGUUCGUCGCCGAUAUACCGAAGGCUGGGAGGCCCAAAAAGCAGACUUCCGAACUUACCUAGCGUAUUGUCGAUAAAGUACGACUUGACCGUUACGGCCGAGAGAAGACAGUACGAUUUAUAUCUGACGAACUCUGAGCAGAGGGCUUCAACGUAAGCCCGCAGACGGUUCUGCGGAUUCUGCACAAGUCGAAUUUUCGAAAAACGAAGCCGACGAGGAAGCCGGGGCUAUCGCCGGCGAUGCGGAAGGCGCGGCUUGAGUUCUACCAGCAGCACGCAGAUUGGACUCUUAACGACUAGAAGAAUGUGAUAUU